AUUUGAAUCCUCAAAACCCCAAGGUCAAACCAGAGAAAAGAGCAAAAAUGGGCGAAAAAUAAAAUUUUGCGGCCAAAACCCUAACCGGAAAUUCCCUUGCUCGAAAUCCACUUAAGAAAGAUAAUCCACUAAAGUCCUCACAUUAGCUUUAUCUCUAUCUUUCCAUUUCUUUUUUUGGAAAAAAAUUGAUUUAUAAGCGACUGUGAAUUUAGGGUCUUUCACUUUCCAAGAUCACUCUUUUGCUAAAAGGAAUUUCGUAUUCCAGGGUUCAUUUCAUUUUUUUUUUUGUGUUUUUUGGGUCAAGAUCACAAAAUGGAUCUCCCUUCAGAAAUCGACGAUUACAUAAAAGAAACAAUCGACGAUUCCUUAGGCCUCCCAGUCUCUACACACACUCUCCAGUUGAAGCUUCGAGCCUCGGAGGAUGCCCACCGCCGCCUCCGUGACCAGUACAUUCUUCUCCUCGAGAAAUUGCGCCAAAAAGACCAACUCGUCGACCGAACUAAGGCUGAGGCGAGUAUGAAUGCGGUGGCGUUGAAGAAGUUUGUGGAGGAAAAUCAGAGAUUGGCGGCAGAGUGUGCCAGUUUGGUGAGUCAGUGUAACAAAUGGGAGAGGGAGUGUUCACUUUAUGACCGCGACAGAGAGGCUUUAAUGGAAUUUGGAAACGAGGCUGAUGAGAGGGCAAGAGAGGCCGAGUUUAGGGUUCGUGAGUUGGAAGAGGUCCUAGGGAAGUUAUCUGAGGAAUUGCAGUUCUACAAGCAUGAGUGCGAAAUGCAUGGGGUUGCUUCAUCUGCUAAGAGCGCAGAUAUGGAACAGAAUUUACUUGAGUCCAUUUUAGGUACAUUGGUCAGUAGAGAUGAAGUUGAAUUUGGUCAUGCUUUUUUGGAGGCCAACAGUGGAUUUGAGUCAUGUCAAAAGUUGCUGAAAAUGUGGAACAGCUUAGGGCCAUCAACUCAGAAUGUUUUAUCUCUGGCUGCUAAAGUGAAGAAUCUUCAAAAAGAUAAGGAACAUCUUAGGAUCAAUCUUACUAGAGCCGAAGAGGAGGUCCAGUUGCUAUCUGAAGAGAACAACAUAUUGAAUGAGGAGAACAGAAAAUUAUUGAAGCAACGCCACCGAGAACAAAACCUUGAUGGUUCUGGCAGAAAACAUACAAGCAGUGCAUCUGCCAAGAGGAACAAGCGAAAAUCAAGUCCAAAGAUAAGCAACCCAGUCGAUAUGAAGAUUGAUUCAAAAGAUAUAGAUUCAGUGAGACGGCCACUAUCACCUUUGCGACACAACUCCCCUGAAUGUAGGAUGCAUAAGAAGUGAUAACGGAUUCUUCUGUAUUUGUUAAUUUCUUCUUAUUACCUCUGGGUAAUUCUUUGUAUGUUGGAUAGUAUUACUGAUGGGAAAAUAGCUUUAAGCUACACACAUGUCAUUAUGUCAGAACUCUUAACUAAUCAAUUUUUAAGCUAUAUA